AUGGAUCGGUCAAACGUUACUUUUCUUGAUUUACCUGAUGAAAUACUACUCAUUAUUUUAAAGAAACUUGACAAUAUGGAUGUUCUAUAUUCAUUAUUGGAUGUCGAUAAUCAACGACUUGAUACUAUAAUACUUGACAAAGCUUUCACGAAGACUCUCAAUUUUGUAUUAACAACGAUAGCUGAUGAUGUUUUGUCGAUUGCUGAUUCAAUGCUUAAUCGGUACUGCUCUAAUAUCUUGCCUAAAAUUGAUCACAAUGUUACAUCUCUUAUUCUUGAAGCAGAAGCUAUGGAACGUAUUCUUCUUGCUGCUGAUUAUCCUAAUUUAACUGAACUUAAACUGUUCAAUGUUAUCGAUUAUAUUGUUUCACAUUAUUUUACAGUCGAAUCGCCAUUUCGACGUAUUUUUCAACAACAAAUUACAGAUUUCACUCUUAAUAAUCUGCCUAAUAUGAAAUGCUUCUCGUUGGAAUGUCGUUGUUCAACUAAUCAAUAUGAUACUCAUGUUUUACCUCUUCUUCGUCGUAUGUCAAAUCUUGAAGAAUUAAGUUUAAAUAUUAUUAAUGAGAAACGAACUUCAUGCGUCGAUGAUACUCAAAUUAAUGAGAAUAUUCUUGUUCAUAUGCCACGACUUAACAAAUUUACUUUUUAUAUUAGUACCGGAACCAAAUUAAAUCAUAUAGUUCACCAUUUAUCGAACCAUGAUAUUCAACGAACUUUUACAAACAUAGGAUAUCAACAAAUAUGCUGUUUUCUAAAUCGAAUAAGUAAUGGUGUUAUAUGCCAUGCUUUUUCAUUACCGUUUGCGUUUGAUUAUCUUGAAUAUAUUGGCAACACAUUUCCAUCAAUGGUUUUUAAUCAUGUGAUAGAAUUGGCAGUACACGAUAUACUUCCAUUUAAACAUGAAUUUUGCAUGCGAAUUACUCGCUGUUUUCCUUUACUGAAAAUAAUGCGUGUGCUUAAUUCUCGACCACAGCUACAGUUAUCACACGAAUUCAAUUCGAAUGAUAAUCAAUUCCAUUCAAUCGCUGAAUAUCCUUACUUUACUUCGCUUUCUCUCUUGCAUAGUCAUACUGAUUAUGUUGAACAAUUUCUCAAUCAAACAAAGACAUAUCUGCCUCGUCUAACCGAAUGA